GCUGCGGGCGGGGGAGGGGGCCAGGCACCGAGCCAUGCGGAGCUGGGGGGUUCUGGGGGGCGCGGCGGCGGCGCUGGCGGCCGGGAUUUACGUCCUGUGGGGCCCCAUCAGCGGCAGGAAGCGGCGGCGGAGAGGGCUUGUGCCAGGCCUCCUGAACGUGGGCAACACGUGUUUCAUGAAUUCCCUGCUGCAGGGCUUGUCCUCCUGCCCCUCGUUCAUCAGGUGGCUGGAGGAGUUCACAGCCCAGUACAGGCCGGAGCAGGAGGAGCGGCAGCAGCACCUCUCCGUGACUCUGCUGCAGCUCCUCAGAGCCCUGUCCUGCCAGGAGGUGACGGAGGACGAUGUCCUGGAUGCCAGCUGCCUGCUGGACGUGCUGAGGAUGAACAGGUGGCAGAUCUCCUCCUUUGAGGAGCAGGAUGCCCAUGAGCUGUUCCAUGUCCUGACCUCUUCCCUGGAGGACGAACGGGAUCGGCAGCCCCGUGUGACCCAUUUGUUUGAUGUGCAUUCCCUGGAGCAACCAGAAAUAAUCCAAAAGCAAAUAAGCUGCAGGACAAGAGGAUCUCUUCCCCCUGUGUCCAACCACUGGAAAACUCAGCACCCUUUCCAUGGAAGGCUGACCAGCAACAUGGUCUGCAAGCACUGUGAGCACCAGAGCCCUGUGAGGUUUGACACCUUCGACAGCCUCUCCCUGAGCAUUCCAGCAGCUGUGUGGGGUCGUCCCAUGACACUGGACCAUUGCCUCCAUCACUUCAUCUCCUCAGAGACUGUGAAGGAUGUUGUGUGUGACAACUGCACCAAAAUCCAGGCAGAAGGAAUUCUGAAUGGACAAAGCAUAGAAAACCAGAGAACAACAUUUGUUAAGCAAUUAAAGUUAGGAAAGCUGCCCCAGUGUUUGUGCAUCCACCUGCAAAGGCUGAGCUGGUCCAACCAAGGCACUCCCCUGAAGAGACACGAGCACGUCCAGUUCAACGAGUUCCUGGUCAUGGACAUCUACAAAUAUCGAGUUCCUGGUCCCAAAUCCUGCCAGGAGCAGCUCAGCCAGAAAAACUCUGAGGAGACAACCCCUGGAAUGAAGGAUGGGAGAGCAGGGAAACCUUCAGAUGCAGAACAACCAGCUGGUACCAAACCUCUCUUCAUGAAUGGUGCCUCCUCUUCUUCCUCUUCCUCUCCCUCAUUUUUAAUGUCCCCAGGAACUUUCCCACUUGCUGCAUUCCCUGAGUGCAGGGCCCCGCUGUACCUGUACCGCCUGAUGGCCGUGGUGGUGCACCACGGGGACAUGCACUCGGGACACUUCGUCACCUUCCGGCGCGCGCCGGGCGCCCGCGGCAGCCAGUGGCUCUGGAUCUCGGACGAGUCGGUGCGCAGGGCCAGCCUGCACGAGGUGCUGGCUGCCAGCGCCUACCUGCUGUUCUACGAGCGCGUGCACGGCCGGGCCCAGCCCCAGAGCCCGGCCCAGAGCUGAGCCAGCGCUGCUGGGAUGGCCCCAGCCCCGGGAUCAUCCCAGCCCUGGGGGUCGUCCCAGCCCUCGGGAUCAUCCCAACCCUUGGGAUCGUCCCAGCCCUCGAGACCGUCCCGGCCCUCGGGAUUGUCCCAGCCCUUGGGGUCAUCCCAGCCCUCGGGACCGUCCCAGCCCUUGGGAUCAUCCCAACUCUCAGGAUCAUCCCAGCCCGGGGUCGUCUCAGCCCUGGGGGUCAUCCCAGCCCUCCGGACCGUCCCAGCCCCGGGACCGUCCCGACCCUCGGGAUUGUGCCGGCCCUUGGGAUCAUCCCAGGCCUUGGGGUCACCCCAGCCCUGGGACCAGCCCUCGGGACCGUCCCAGCCCUCGGGAUUGUCCCGGCCCUUGGGAUCAUCCCAGCCCUCGGAUGGAGCCUCUCCGUUAUGCAAAGCUCCCCCUCUCCAGGCUCCCUUCCCGGUGGGAACAGCUGGGAGCUGUGGUUUGUAGCCAGGUCCUGCUGUUCCAGCGCCGUGCAGCCCCGGGUGUGUGGUGAGGAGUGUUUUUCUGCCUUGUCCCAAGGCUCUGUUCCACGUCCUGACACGGCACUUUUCCCAGGGAGAUGCUUUAUCCCACACAUUUCACUUCCCAAGGGAGAGCCCUGGAAAGGGUUGAUGUCAAGCUGCUGUUGAAGAGCCCCUCCCCAUCCCAAUCCCUCCCCUGGCACCUCUCCCUUAGGCACCAGCCCCUCCAGGUUCCCUUCCCUGUGGCAAUGGCUGGGAAUUGUGUUUUGUACCCGAAUUCCCAGAGCUGUUCCGACGUCCAGCCCCAAGUGUGUGUUGAGCAGCCUUUGUCUGUCAGGCAGGGAUUUUAUCCCAAGGCUCUGUUCCCAGUGUUUCCCAGUGGGGAGCCCUGGGAUGGGAAGCUGCUGUUGGCAAUGAUUUAAGACACAAAGUGCCUUGAGCUUCCCUGAACAGCUGCAUUGCCACUGGCCCAGGCCUCUGCACGCCCACUGCGUCCUGGGAAUGCCUCACACCCACGGGAUGAACUCAUGCAAUCCCAUUUCCCCUGACCCAUCAAGUCAAGGCAUCUCCACAAACUGCCCCCAUCCAAAGGAUUUCCCUGCUCGCACGAUUUUCCUCCUACUUUACUUCUUUAUAUUGUAAAGUCCUUCUCCUGAUUUAAAUUGCUUAAUCCAGGAGAUCAUUUUGUAUCUAUUAAGAGCUGAAACCUUAAUUUAUUGCUCCAUACCUUUGGAAUCUAGCUGGAAUCAGCACAUGGAAGUGUUUGCUAGUGCUCAGUGUUGUCAUUUCCUUCAGCACUGUUGAAUCCAGUUGUUUUGUAGCAUCAACUACAACUUUUAAUGCUGUGAUUUCCAAGCUGCUGUAACUGUUCUAGACUUGCCCUUCCCAUUUUAUUGCUGGAAUCUGCUAUUCCCAGCAUUGGGAUCCACGCUCCUGGCUUGCAGCUCAGCUGUAGAGCAGCCCCUGGCCUUGUUAAAUGGAAUAUAAACAACAGGGCCAGGACUGGUGGGCACUUACUGGUCUCAUGAAGAAAUCUGGGAAUCCUGCAUCAGCUCCAGGCUGCCCUGUAAAUAGAAAUAAGGGGAAUUGUGCUAUUCUGGAUCUUUUGAUGUGAAAAAAAAAAAAAAGAAAAAAAAAUCCCAAAGCACAGAGGGAAAAGCAGCAAAAAUCCUCCUUUAAAAACCUGCUUUUAAAUAACCAGGAAUAAAAUAUGUAGGUUGUUUUUAGCUCUUUUCUGUCCUUGUAAGCUUGGAGGAGAAAAGUCCCUCAUCAGACAAGCUUUUUUUCAGUGUGAAGUUUUCAAAUAACAAUGUCUUAAAUAGCUUUUUAGGGCAACUUUGUACCUCAUGAAUUCAUAGUGCUGCCCAAAGCUCGGGGGUGUUCACACUUCCUCAGGAGAGGCUCCAAACCAGCCAAAGCAGGAGUGGUAAAAAUGGGUGGAUAUGCAAAAUUAUUUACACAACUCAUCAUUCCAGAGUCUGGAGCACAAUUCCUGGCCCAGGUAAUGCUCAUAAAUAAAUAUUACAUAAAUAUUACAUAUAAAUAGUACAUAAAUAUUGAUAAAUCCACUGCUGGACUGGGACCUGGUUCCUGGCUGUGCUGCAUGAGCAGUAGCUUGGUUUUAACUUGUUUUAAUUUACAGAAAACCAAGAAAACAAGCAAACAAAAAAAAACCCUGAAGGAUGCAAAAUGCCAAAAAUUUGCUCUGGCCGUUAAAGGGAGAAGGAGCCAGCCCUUCCUACUGGGAGCCAUCCAAAACCAUCACCCCUGCAUCUCCCUCCAGCAGAUCUGCCCCUGCACCUCAGAACUGAAACCAUUUCCAGUGCCAGCAGUGGCUGUCCUGCAUUCUCCAGGCUCAGUGCUCUGCUUGUGGGGGGUUUUCCUGGAUUUGGGGUUUUUUCCUGGAUUUGGGGGUUCAGCUGAGCAUCCCCUUGGGCUCAGUUGUGCUGGAGGAGGGGCAGAGGACACGCACACUAUGGACUGAAGUCUGAAAUCAGGCAGCUGGGACCAGCAGGUUUUCCCUUGCCAAGAGCUGUUUCCCUGGGCUGUGGAUUGACUCUGGAUCUCCCUCAAGGGCUAUCAAGGGGAGAGCUGAGCCUUUUUUCUGGCUUUGCUUGGUGGGCUUGGCUUAACCUUCAGGUGAGGAAGGGAGCAAAGCCCAGCUCCUCAGUCCUGGCCCUGAGCUGUGCCAGAUCCUCCCAGCCCCCUGUGAGCUGGGGAUCUGUGCGGGGCUCUGGGAGCUCAUCCUCCCCUCUGGAGGUCCCUGGGAUCUGUUUUCCAGUCAGCCACACCUGUGGAGAUCACUGGAAUUUGUGCAGGUGUUUGGGAAUCAGCCCUCCCCUUUGCAGGUCCCAGGGCUCUGUGUUUGCCUCCCUUUGGAGGUCACUGGGAUCUGUCUUUCCAGCGGUUACAGAGCUUUUUUUCCCAGCCAAACCUCCCCUCUGGAGGUCCCUGGGAUCUGUUUUCCAGGCAAACCUCCCCUCUGGGAGGGCUCUAUGCAGCCACAAGGCUCAAACACUGGUACUCAUCCCUCCCAAGCUGCCAUGGUGGAGAAGGUGUUAAUAAAUUGUAAAGAAUUAAGAGCUCCAAGAUGACAUUUCUGUGUUUGGAUUAUUAUUGUCUUAUCUUGUGUGUUAAUUUAAAAAUGUCUGUUCCAUCCAAGCACUGCACUGCUGUUUGAAGUUGCUUUAUUUUCCACUUCAGGGUAUUUUUGUAACUAACUGUACAGUAGCAAUAAAAGAACAAACUUGGUAGAA